AUGAAUAACGAACUCAAUGUGAAAAUCAAUAACAUGCAGCGAAUUCAAGAACAGUCUGGAGUGUUCCUUCGGAAAUCCUGGAAGUUAUCUGAGAAGGCCAAUGGUAUAGCUAAACUUUUAGGCAUGGGUUCCAGUGAAGUUAUCUGUCUCGUAAAUGAGAAUUUGUUUGGAGAGUUCAGCGAAAUGGAGCCUACCAGACUGGGUUGUCCAAAGGCCAUUGCAAUACCUCGUCUCAUGGCGUAUGUUACAAUAAUUCUGCAUUACAGAUGUGAUCCUUCAGACAGAGUAUUUCACAUGAACACUACACGGAAGUCCGUAUACCAGAGAGAACCGAUCCUGACCAGUACAUCUUGGAGCCAAGACAACAGCAACAUAGACGAAUUCAUACAGACAAGAGGAGCGUCCAUGAAGUCGACAGUUAUUGCUUUACGUGAUCAUGAAUUCGACAAAAAGAAAAGGUCAAGGAAGAAAAGGACUUCCAAACGCAGUGAUGUGUCAAAACCGCUGGCAGUUGCUAGAGAUGUGGAACCGAUACACAGGCACCAUUAA